AUGCGCCUUCCCGGGAGCGCGGCUGUGGGGGAGCACAUGGCCCGCGAGCUGGAGGUUCGCUAUUUAUAUCGUCCCCGGAUGGCUUCUGUGGCUCAUAUGGCCGUAGGUGGCCAUGUGUGUGUGAGCCAGUCUCUGGCUGGAAAUCAAACCUUCCUCAAGGUUGCUUUUCCUUUGGGCCAAGCUUCCCCAGGAAGAGACAGGACUCUCAGUCAUUUCAGCCCCAGUGGGAAGAAGUUCCGCAGCAAGCCGCAGCUGGCCCGGUACCUGGGCAGCUCCAUGGACCUGGGCACCUUCGACUUCCGCACGGGAAAGAUGCUGAUGAACAAGAUGAACAAGAACAGGCAGAGGAUGCGCUAUGACUGCUCCAACCAGGCCAAGGGCAAGCCUGAUUUGAACACGGCCCUGCCUGUGAGACAAACAGCCUCCAUCUUCAAACAGCCUGUCACAAAGAUCACAAACCACCCCAGCAACAAGGUGAAGAGUGACCCCCAGAAAGCUGUGGACCAGCCCAGGCAGCUCUUCUGGGAGAAGAAGUUAAGUGGACUGAACGCCUUUGACAUUGCAGAGGAGCUGGUGAAAACAAUGGACCUUCCCAAAGGUUUGCAAGGGGUGGGCCCGGGGUGCACAGAUGAGACCCUGCUCUCUGCCAUCGCCAGUGCCCUGCACACCAGCACCAUGCCCAUCACAGGCCAGCUCUCUGCAGCUGUGGAGAAGAACCCUGGGGUUUGGCUCAACACCUCACAGCCUCUCUGCAAAGCCUUCAUGGUGACAGAUGAAGAUAUCAGGUAUUAACCAGAAACACCACUUGGAACAAAGUCCCUUGGGGUAAAACAGUACUUUUUUUGUCAGUGUCUGAUAGAACACUGUGGCUUGGGAAUUA